AUGAACAAAUUUGUCCCUUUGCUUCAAAAGAAGGGAGCCACAGGAUUUGAACAGCAAGCCAACGUGCCAGGUUCCGACCUGGCACGGGAUCCAGCUGCGCUCAAGGCUGCUGAAACAGAAACCACAGGCGCAUCUGCCUAUAUACCACAGCCAGUCUUUGUCGCGUUGGUCAAAAUUCGAGCUCCGCAGGCCAUCGACGAUGAAACUCUGCUCGGAGUGGGAAGAAGCCUUGCGCAAUUAAAGAAGCUUGGACUGACGAGCAUUGUUGUCGUCGACUGUGAUCUACCGGAGGAGGAUGAGGUUGAAAGACGCCGAAAGACAAAUCUGCAAGCUGGUCGGCUCGCAACAGCAAUCGACAGGUACGAUGAAUUAGGUGCCCGCAUGAUACAGUCACCAAUUACCAUUGGAGAUUCUGCAGGCAAAGAUACCUCGCCGUUUACGUCCGAUGAUCUCUUUGUGGGCAACUCCAAAGAUCUCAUGGACAGUUUGCAGAGCGAGACCAUACCAAUCAUUCCAUCCAUUGGUUUCACCGAAGAUCUGUGUUCCUUCCGAUCAGUCGACCCCAACGAUGCGAUUAUCGCUCUGGCUCGACAACUAUCUGGGCUGCAAUUUCUAGGACAGCCUGCAGAAGAUGCCCAAAUCACGCGGCUCUUGAAGCUCGCAGAAGUCUACCGUGUCAUCAUUAUUGACCCUGUUGGCGGCAUACCUGCAUUGAACCAGGCUACAGGGCGGUACAUGUUCCUGAAUCUGGAGCAGGAAUAUGAGGACGUCACCAGAAACCUGGUGGUAUCAUCGCUGGAGCCUACAGCUGGUCCCAGAGAAGACAACUACUAUCACUUGAAGAAUGCAGAACUUGCAAGGAAGACAUUGUCUUUGCUCCCCCCAACCGCAUCAGCCAUCAUUACCACCCCACAAGAGGCUGCGAACAACCGAUCCACGGAUAAAGACGAUCUCGAGUGGGCAAUGGUCGGCACAAGGAGAAAGCACAACCCACUGAUUCAUAACUUGUUGACCGACAGACCUAUGCAGUCGUCAUCACUACCUUCUAAUCGCAUUCGUCAAGUAACAUCUUCGGCCGGAGUGCCAGAGCGAAUUGGUUCCCUGACCACACUCGCUAAGCGUGGCAUGCCGCUCACCAUAUUUCCUGACCCCCGAGUAGCCUCGUGGAGGCCACCGCAGCCAGGGGUGGGCGGCCUCAAGUUGACCGAUCCCAAUAUUGACCUCGGACGGCUCGUGUACCUCAUUAAUGAUUCCUUUGGCCGGGAACUAGACGUCGAGCAUUAUCUCAGACGAGUGGAGAACAACUUGGCAGGCAUCGUCAUUGCUGGUGAAUACGAAGGAGGCGCAAUCUUGACGUGGGAAAGCCCAUGUGGCCCUGAUGGCGUCGUCAACCGGGAUCCGUCUCGAAUGGUACCUUACCUCGACAAGUUUGCCGUUCUCCGAAAGAGCCAGGGUGCAGGAGGAGUGGCCGACAUUGUUUUCAAUGCCAUGGUACGAAACUGUUUCCCAGAAGGUGUCUGCUGGCGAAGCAGAAAGGACAAUCCGGUCAACAAGUGGUAUUUCGAAAGGUCCAGGGGCACGAUGAAGAUUCCGGAUAUGAACUGGACCAUGUUCUGGACAACACCAGAACUUUCGACCGACUCCCAGAAGUUCAAGGAUUAUGAGAGCGUGUGUCGUGGCAUUGAGCCGUCAUGGGCAGACAACAAGCAGAUACUGGAUUAG